UUUGGUUUCUCAGUUACUGUCGAUUGGGGGAAUUCUACUCGCUUCUCCUUCAAAAUUGCCAUUGAAGAAACCCCAAUUUCAUCGACAGGAAUCAGAAAAAAGCUAUCGAACAAUCUGAAUUCAGACGAAAAUUGGUAGCAUUUUUCUUCAUAUUCUUCUCGUUCGACUUCCAUUUCAAGAGGAAUGGAGCCGUUUCCAUCAUCCUCACAAAUAGCUCAGAAAACCUGGGAGCUUGAGAACAAUAUCAUCUCCGUCGAUACUCCUCCGACUACCUCCAAAGCUUCAGAUUCUGCUUCCGAUGCGAUAUUCUAUUACGAUGAGGCUGCACAAGCAAAGUUUCAGCAGGAAAAGCCGUGGCAGAAUGAUCCUCAUUACUUCAAGCGUGUGAAGAUCUCUGCCCUCGCGCUUCUUAAAAUGGUGGUUCAUGCACGCUCCGGCGGAACUAUAGAGGUCAUGGGACUUAUGCAGGGGAAGACCGAUGGAGACGCUAUUAUCGUCAUGGAUGCCUUUGCUUUGCCUGUUGAAGGUACCGAGACUAGGGUUAAUGCUCAGGCUGAUGCGUAUGAGUAUAUGGUUGAUUAUUCCCAGACGAACAAGCAGGCGGGGAGGUUGGAGAACGUUGUAGGAUGGUACCAUUCUCAUCCAGGUUACGGAUGCUGGCUUUCGGGUAUUGAUGUUUCCACUCAGAUGUUAAACCAACAAUUUCAGGAGCCAUUUUUGGCUGUUGUGAUUGAUCCUACAAGAACUGUUUCUGCUGGAAAGGUUGAGAUUGGAGCUUUCAGGACCUACCCGGAAGGAUAUAAGCCACCAGAUGAGCCUGUUUCUGAGUAUCAAACCAUCCCACUGAAUAAGAUCGAAGACUUUGGUGUGCAUUGUAAACAGUAUUAUGCGCUUGAUAUCACAUAUUUCAAGUCUUCACUUGACUGCCACCUCUUGGAUUUACUUUGGAACAAGUACUGGGUUAAUACACUUUCAUCUUCUCCUCUUUUGGGUAAUGGAGACUAUGUUGCUGGGCAAAUUUCAGAUUUAGCUGAAAAACUUGAGCAGGUGGAGAAUCAGUUGGCUCACUCCCGCUUUGGGCCAUUGAUAGCUCCUUCUCAGAGGAAGAAGGAGGAAGACUCCCAACUUGCUAAGAUCACUCGCGACAGUGCAAAGAUAACAGUGGAGCAGGUUCAUGGUUUGAUGUCACAGGUUAUCAAGGACAUCCUGUUCAACUCAGUGCGACAACCCAACAAAUCUCGACCUGAGUCAUCCAGUCCAGAACCAAUGGUGGAAAGCUGAUGUUAGCCAGAUAUUGCAAAUCCAGGAGCUGAUAAUGAAGUCAUUAACCCUAGUGCUUGAUGUGUUCCCUUCCUACGGCAGGGAAUUCGGUAAAAAAGAAAGGUGCAGAUGGAUGUGUUCUUUACUGAGGUUGCCCCCUUUGUGCAGCAAUUUAAGAGUACUACUGAGAAUCUCCUUCUUUGGGUUGGCUUUAGCUUUUAAGAGCCUUUAAAUUUAAGGGAAUACUUUUUAGUGCACUUUUUUUUUGUUCAUUUGAUAACCAUAGACCGGGCAGGGAUUUCACUUCUCUGCCUCUGCCCCUCUCUUAUUGAAAUUUAAUCGAAGUGCCAAGAUAUUGCCUCUA